GGUCUCGACAAGCACAUGGAUUUAUUCAGCUUUAUUCUUUACCUCCACCACCCUGUCUUGUGGCGAACUUUGACGUCCUAAUUCGCCUUUCUCUUCAAGACAUCGGUGUUAUUGCUUUUGUGGCUAGCGAGCAGGAACUCGAUUCGACUGUUCUACGAAUAGCCCUUUGCUGUACUUCUUCCGACAGACUUGGCUCAUCGCCCUCGUGCGGAACCUCAAUUCGAUCGCUUGCUUCUCACCAAGUCUCUCACUCUCGAGCAUAGAUGCCUGCUCCGAAGGCAAAGCGAGCAGCUGGAAAGGCACCUGCGACUCGCGUCGCUCAACCCAUUGUUCCUCCACCAGCGUCUGUGCCUAUGUCUGCAGCCCCUACAGUGACUAUGGAUGGAAAGAGAAAGAAGAAGAAGAAAGGAAAAGGCAAAGAGAUAGCUGCAGAGCAGGAUGAAGAAGACGAGGAUGACGGGAUGCCGCCGUUAGAGCCAGUAAAUGGAACUCAAGGGGCGUAUGGACACCAUUCGCGGCCUCACGCACGCACGGGUCUUUCUCCUGAACUCGAGUCCGUUCAUCUGUCCACGACGGCUUCUCUGUCAGCUUCAGUUGCAGCCGCGGCACGCAUGAGUCCCGCUGCAGCGAUCGCCGAAGCAGACCUAUUGGCAACGGCAGAUCAUCUUGCGAGGAGCAUGGAAGCCGAUCCAGAGGGCGGAGUGAACGACGAAUAUUGGGCAUCGUUUCCUGACCACCUGCGGAACUUUGUGCGGAACACUUACUCUCAGCUGAGCCAGCGUGUUGGUAAUGAGGACGAAAAGACGCAGGCGAUGUAUGCCAUUGCUCAACAAAUCCAGUCGGGAGUGGGCAUCAAUUUCAAUGCGAACGUGACUACGACAACGGGCAGAGGUCAGACUACGACGACACGCUAUUCGUCUACCUAUCCGUCCUCCAACAUACCAUCCAUCUUCACGGACCCUGCGUUUAUGAUGAACUUGGAGCAGGCGGCGGCAGGGAAUGGUAUCCGGCAUGCAAAUGACCGGGGUACGCUGCCGCCUGCGAAUGUGCUGCUGCUGAACGAGUACCAGGGGGAGGUGCAGGAGGAGUAUGAAGGGUACGACGACAGCGAGGGGGAGUACGACGAUGAGGAGGGGGACGUGCAUACGGGCUUCACGAUGAGCUACCGCGAGACGCCAGUGCACUCUACACAGGAGGUGAACGGGGGCGGGGCAGAGACGCCAGGGGGCAAGAAGAAAAGGAAGAAAAAGAAGGGCAAGGGGGUGCCGGCUUUGUCGCCGGUUCACGGACCGGAGCGGUACUCGGGGGGAAAGUUUGCAGGGGAAGCGGAGGAGUCGCCGCAGUUGUCGCCGCCAUCUGUGGUGAAGACGGCAGCUUCUCCUGCUCCCAACUCCCGUAUGCCUGCGCCGCGUCCGCCGCCUGCUGCAAACCCCCCGCCGAGCUCCAGAGCUGCUGGCAAGCAGCCCAUGUCCUACCCACCGUCCGCUCCAGCGACUAACCCCCCUCCGCCAUCGCGACGGGCAGCGUCCAAGGCUCCGAUCAAUGCUCACGCGUACAACCAUAACCAUCCUCAUCACCAUCCAUCGCCUCCAUCCUCCAAUGCUUCUGCUCCACACAAGCCCAGACCACCUGCGAAUGGUACCGCGAACCCUCUGCCAGCGAAAAAUUCAAAGAUCUGGUCAACCAGCACUAUAGAAGAGCGCGAGCGCAUCAAGGAGUUUUGGCUGGGUCUCAGCGAAGAAGACCGUCGGAGUCUCGUCAAAAUCGAAAAAGAGGCCGUCUUGAAGAAGAUGAAGGAACAGCAGAAGCACUCGUGCAUGUGUGCCGUCUGUGGUCGGAAGCGAAAUGCAAUAGAGGAAGAGCUCGAGGUACUGUACGAUGCUUAUUACGAGGAGCUAGAACAGUACGCGAAUUACCAGCAGCGAUAUAUCUCCUCCGGCGGCACGAUUCCCCCACCACAAGGACCAGGGCCGUUCCCGGGCAGCGUCGAGCUUGACAAGAACGGGGCUGUCAUCGGCCCUCACGCGGUACCCAACACUACCCCGCGGGUCAAGACCAGCGUAGUCAACGGUAGAGGGAAGCAUCCGAAGCCAGCUGAGAGUGAGUUUGACGAAGACGACGCGGAGGAGGAAGAGUAUGAAGAAGAAGAAUAUGAAGAGGAAGAGGAAGAAGAGGAGGAAGAAGAGGAAGAGGAGGAUGGUGAGCCUGAGGAUGAUGAUGAUUUGAAGCCUCCACAGGAUGAACAAGUUCCGUCAGGUCGAACGCGAGCUAAACCAAACGGAAGAGAUGAUCUCAUGAACUUUGGGAAUAAUCUCACUGUCACAGGUAAUAUUCUUACCGUUGCCGACGAUCUCCUCAAGAACGAUGGACAAAAGUUCUUGGAAAUGAUGGAACAGCUUGCCGAACGACGUAUGCAACGCGAAGAGGAAGCUGCGGCAUCUAUUGAAGAAGACAGCGAAGAAGAGGACGAGGAAGCGGAGGAUGAGGAGGAUGAGGAAGACGAGGACGAGGAUGAAGACGAAGACGAAGAGGAGGAGCCCAUGACCGAGGAGGAGAAGCUAAAGGAGGGCAAAAGGAUGUUUUCGAUAUUCGCGGCUCGGAUGUUUGAGCAACGGGUACUUCAGGCAUAUCGUGAGAAGGUCGCACAAGAGCGCCAACUGCAACUUCUUCGUGAGCUUGAAGAUGAAGACAAGGUCUCCAAGGAGAAAGAGGCCAAGAAGCAAACCCAGAACCAGAAAAAGAAGGAAAAGAAACGACUCCAAAAGCUUGCAAAGGAGGAAGAGCGUGCGCAAAAGGCUGCUGAGAAGGCAGCCGAAGAAGCAGCUAUCAAGGCCAAGCAAGCUGCUCAGGAGGAGGAAAUUCGGAAACGACGGGACGAGGAGCGAGCUCGACGUGAAGCCCAGCGUAAAGCUCAAGAAGAGGAGAAGGCACGUAAAGAGGAGGAACGGAGGAAACGUCUUGCGGAAGAGAAGGAACGCGAGGCGGAGCGUGAACGGAAACGCAAGGAGAAGGAGGAGAAAGUCAGAGCUGAACGCAGAGAACGCGAAGAGCGGGAACGCAAAACGCGCGAAGAGCGUGAGGCUAAGGCUGCUGCUGAGCGUGCUGCUCGUAAAGAGCGCGAGGACCGUGAGCGAGAGGAGAGGGAGAAGAAGCUUGCGAAGGAGAGGGAGGAGAAGGAGAAGGUGGAGAGGGAGAAGGCUGAGCGCGAGAAGGCUGAACGAGAAAAGGCGGAGAAGGAGAGAGCUGAGAAGGAGGCUCGUGAGCGUGCGGCGCAGCAGCUGCAGCAACAACAGCAACAGCAGCAACGAGCCAAGAGCUCACGUCCCCCUCCGUCGCCUCGUAAUAAUGCAGUCGCGUCAGGCUCGAACAUGCGUUCUCCUCCUAACAAUGGUCUUGCACCCAAGAAGAUCCUUCACAAGACGACCCCCCCCUUGCCUCCUUCUCCAAUGAUACAACCACCUAGGCCUCAACAACAUCCGGUACGUCCUUCGGUCGUGACAAGUCCUCCACCUCCGACACCGAUGCUGUCUCAGAUGCCUCCUCAUCUCACUCCCUCCACCCCUCUCUAUUCUCCGGUGCAAAGUAUGAUCCCUCCUCCCGGAAUGUCCCCAAGACUACCGUUCCAGCCUUCUGGUCCGUAUACCGGUCAAUUCGUUGCUGGACCUUCGAUGGCUCAGUCAGCACCUCCCUUGGCGCCUUCCGCUUUGCCACGAACAUUCGGCGGUGCAGGACCUUCAUACGAUCCUAUGCUUCCUAGUCGUAACAAUUUGGCUCCUCCAGCUCCUAUCGGGCCUCCUUCCAAAGCAGUUCAGAACAACCCUCUGGCUUCUCCAACGCAACUUGCUCCCGGUCCUCCAAGACGUCCUUCCAUGCAUAUGGCUGACCCUGGUCCAAUUACCAGGCCUAUAGCUCCGAUUGCUCGUCCUGCUGGUGAACCUACAGGAUCAGGAUCGACGUCCCCAAGUCGUCGAUCUCCUAGUCCGAAAGGUGUAUUGGGUUCUUCAGCUCUUGCUGCGGACGAUGACGAAGUCAUCACUGCGCCUCCUCGUCGUAGUGUGGCUCCUCCUGUAGGUUGGGGUUCUGCAAGCCCUCGUGCGAACCCUACGCCGUGGGGAGCUGUGGGACCUCCUGCUCCUGGACCUCCUGGGUUGUCACCGCGUAUGCCGCCUGGAUGGAACCCGUCUGCUGCGACCCCUACGGAUUGGCAUCCUUCGACUCCUUUCUUUGGUGCACCGUUUGCACAGACUCAUAACCCUUCACCGCCUCCUCAUACUGGUAGUUGAGAGGUACUGUAAGAGAAAGCAAAGAAGUGGAGGGUUUGUAGCUUUCAUGUAGCUCUCGGUAGCUUAUUAUAGCAUUUAUCCCCCUUUUUGCUGUCUUCGAACUUGUUCUUUUCUGUCUGUCUGUGUGUCUGUUGUUCUGACAAUUCUUCAAUCGUUGUUCUUCCGCCCUACUACAUCACUACAUCCUCGUAUUUUACCUUGUUUCUUUGACAUACCUGCAAUCUGUUCUUUCUCCAUUCCGAUCUUGCUGCUCACUCAUUCAAAUUGCCACACCCCCACCACGUACCAGCAUUGCUGUCACUGACCUUGAUGAUAAUGAUAUCAAAUACAAAUUGAAAGACUCAUUUACAAAUGACCAUGAAAAAUCCACGUGAGUGAUCGAUAUAAAUGAGAUAAGUUUAUAAGUUAGAGUAGUUUGCUAGAGGCGGCUGGAGCUACUCUGCUCCGUAUGAAUUUGAUUAUGUAUAGA